CCGCCGCGCCUCCGCUUAUCUGCCGAGCGUGGGCCGGCGAGCGUCAGUCGGUCGGGGCCCUGGGCUGACGUCGUUGGUCGUGCUGGGCCCCGAGCUUGCGCCCCAGCUCCCGCCCGUCCUCUUCCGAGCGCCCCGCACUUGGGCAGCCCCGGCCCGCCGCCGCAGCGCCCUCCCUCCGGCGCCAUGUCGCAGAGCGGGACCCCCGGAAUGCAGGAGGAGAGCCUGCACGGCUCCUGGGUGGAGCUGCACUUCAGCAGCAAUGGCAGCAACGGCAGCGGGGGCGGCGUGCCCGCCUCGGUCUCCCUCUACAACGGGGACAUGGAGAAGAUCCUGCUGGAUGCCCAGCACGAGUCUGGGCGGAGCAGCUCCAAGAGCUCGCACUGCGACAGCCCGCCUCGCUCCCAGACCCCACAGGACACGAACCGCGUGUCGGAGACGGACAGCCACAGCACGGGGGAGAAGAACAGCUCUCAGUCCGAGGAAGACUACAUGGAGAGGAGGCGGGAAGUGGAGAGCAUCCUGAAGAAGAACUCGGACUGGAUCUGGGACUGGUCGAGUCGGCCGGAGAACAUUCCCCCCAAGGAGUUCCUGUUCCGGCACCCCAAGCGCACGGCCACCCUCAGCAUGCGGAACACGAGCGUCAUGAAGAAGGGCGGCGUCUUCUCGGCCGAGUUCCUCAAGGUCUUCCUGCCGUCCCUACUGCUCUCGCACCUGCUGGCCAUCGGGCUGGGGAUCUACAUCGGGCGACGGCUGACCACCUCCACCGGCACCUUCUGACACGCAGCUGGGACGGCGGCUUCCCCCAGGGGAGCGGGGCUCCUGCCGGGGCCCGGCCGGCGGAGGCGCUGCUGCCCUGGUCCCCGGGGGCUGGCCGCCCCGCGGGUCUGCUGUGUAAAUGCUGCGUGCCUGGUUUCUCGAGGGGGGGGCUGCGCUGUGGGCCUGCCCCCCGGGCCCGCGGAGCGGCCAGCGAGCAUGACGCGCUCACCCUGCCGGAAUGACGUGGUGGCGGUUUCCUUCGAUGUCACAAACACCCGAGCGUAGACGACGUCACCGCGCUAGUCGGACGUCCGUAGUGCCGUAGUGAAAAUGACCCGCAACCUCAGUCCCGCCAGAACGCCCCCCCCCCUCGGAAGGGUCAGCGCCGCUGUCGCUGGAACGGCCCCAGGAAGGGUUUAUCUCGGACAGACGGGGCCUCGCGCCCACGCCAUGGCUGUGUGCCGGGGCCCGGGGCCCGCGGUGCAGGCGCUGGCCUGCGUGCUGGCUGUCUGACUGCACGGACGUGCCUGGAUCCCUGCCAAGCACCGUCCUUGCCUCCCCGCCAGGGGCCGGGUUGGGGCUCCCGUGCUCGUUCCUGUGUGCCGAGAGUCGGCUCCUUCCGAGCUCACGUGUGUCUACUCUAUGAGACUGGAACUAGGAAAAAUAAACCUUUGCCAAACCCUCCA